CUGUAAAGAUAUGAUUUUUUUUAGACAUCGGACGGAGAGUAAAGCAAACGAGUGGCUGUGACUCUUUCUCUAAGCACUUUUGCAAAUAAAUCUCUUCAGCGGAAUAAUAUUCUCUAUAACUGAGAGAGCGAGAGGGUGAUCUAAAUAUAAUUUUCAUGCGAUCAACCAUGUCAGUCUGUGGCCAGCGUGAGGUUGCAGCCAGCUGGUGGAUCCGCGAAAGUGCAGUUCUUGCGUCUAGUGAUAAAAUCAGGCAGCAAAAUCCCAGUGUAAUAAGUGAAAAUGUGAUAUGAGUUUCUGUGAAUUUCAUUAGAAGUGAUUUUUGUGCAUAUGUAACUGUCUCUUGAGUGUGUUACGCAACUAGGUUGAUGUAAAAGAAUUUAUUCGCAAUCCCACUUGAAUAACAAAUAAGGUGUGCGCUUUACCAUUUAGUUAGUGACAAUAAUUGUCCAACACAUAUGUAAUAGACGUGAAGCUGAAAACACUAGUGAAUUAUAAUUAUUUUAAAUAUUUUGUGGUGCGACUGUGUGACGCUGCCGAAUUGAUUGUGCCGGAGAAUGUCUCUAUUGGCGCUGCUGGUGAGCACGGGCUACAUUGGCCUCUCGUGUGCAUUGGCUCAGACAGCCCGGAAGCUCGCUGGACGCCUGGUGAAUGAGGGACUCGUGCAGGAACUGUUCUACGAGGCGAUCGCCGCUGCUGAACUCUGUGCAUGUUGCUUCGAGUUAAUCAUCGUUGCUGACAACUUUGGGGUAGCCACAUAUGCCAUCUUCUUGUUUCUUCUCACCGUGUGGUGGGCGCAAGUUUGGGGUGAUGCUACAGCAUGUCCCUACACGCACAUGGAAGAUAUGGUGGAGGGAAAAACAUCACCCAGAAAUGUGGCUCUGAAGACGUGGGCUCAACUUAUGGGAGGAUGCUGUGUUUUCCGUUUCGUGCAAGUUCUCUGGUGGUUAGAGUUAGCGUCUACUCACGAGGGAAGAGCUUUUGCGGAAUGCACAGCAGAUCUUCAAGUUAAUCCGUAUUUAGGAGCCGUUAUUGAGGGUUUUGCUACACUUCUCUGUCGUCUCGCAUCCAAGAGCCUGGGUGAACUUGGUCCUAAGCAUGCUCCCUUAAUUGAUUCCUUCAUUGGGACCAGCCUUGUGGUGGCCGUUGUUUCUAAACUUGUAGCAUUCAACUAUUCUGGCGGAUACUUUAAUCCUGUUCUGGCAACGGCACUCAAGUGGGGCUGCACCGGACACACCAACAUCGAGCACAUCAUUGUGUACUGGAUCGGAGCCUGCGGAGGAGCUCUUCUGUCUGUGCCCGCUUUCAAACUGCCCUCAAUCCACAAUCUGAUGGUGGGAAACACCAAAGCCAAAGAAGAGUAGUAAAAUAUUUAUUUUAUUUAUGAUAUUGCGAAUUUUUACAUGAUCCAGAAGACAAUAAUUUUGCAAUAAGUGUAUGUUUUGAAGCGAUAUUAUUGAUAAUAAAUCCUUUUAAUUGUUUGGA